AUGAGUCUCUUUGAGAUCAACGAAACCGUGACGGCAGUGAUUCUUUUUACGACAACAUUUGCUCUAUAUAGCCUCAUCAAGCCAUCUUUUCCUGCCAUCUUGCCUGGAGCCUCGGCGUCGUCGUCCUUCUUGAUCAACGGAGGUGCUAGGACGCCUCCUCUCCCUAUAGAACUAUGGGAGGAAAUUUUAAUCUAUGUUAUCGACCUACCACAUGCUCUUGGCUCAGUCCGUAGCGACUGGCGGCAUUUCCACCGGUUCGCACUGGCACAGACCGUCCAUUGGCGCUCUUAUCGCUACAAAACGACGAGAAUGAGAUUAAAGCUCGUUUGUCGAGCUUGGAAGGACAUUGUUGACCGACACGAGGACUGGCAGCUUGUUCUAGGGGAUCGCUAUCCGCCUGUCGAUCGGACUGCUCACAGGCUGGAGGUUCUACUAGAACCGGCAUUCAUGCAUCGACAUAUACCGUCACAUUCCUCCUCAGAAGUUGGCCAGAUGGACACAGAUAAGCCCUGGGCCGAACUUUGGGGAGACUAUCCCAACCUCAGGGUUUUAUCCGUGUACUCCGGAGCUACCGGAGAUCAUGGGCUCUAUGAACAUCUGCAGACAGACGUUUUCUCUCAACCAUUAGCCGGCAUUGUGCGCAGCUUCAUUCUACGCCUAUCCAAUGUACAUUUGGACGAAAUGGUCCUCAGUGGAGUCCAGCAGUCAUUCUCUCUCCUUACAUCCUUGAGUCUGGACACGCGUUCUAUCCGUGGGCCACUCACCCUUGACCAUUUGGAGACACUCGUGAUCAGAGCCGAACUUGUUGAACUGGAGAGAUGGAAUUUGCCCAGCUUGCGCCACUUAUACCUUCGAGGAUAUAUUCCAUACCGUACCAACCUCAUUCCCGAAUCCCACCAACGGUUACAAUCACUUCUUGUCAACCCACAUACCGACCUCACGACGGACGAUACCUUCUGGAAAGACCACACAUCACUCAAAUUUCUUGGUGUAAGUCCAUGGGGCCUAGAGUUUAUGAGCCCUCCUCCACCAGAUCACCCGCUCGCCCAGCUGUUCUUUUGGACUCGUAGCAGUAUAGGUGUAGACUUGGAGCUCCCUCGUGCAAGAAAGAUUGCACACCGCAUACCACAGCUUCAUGCGUUGACCCUCUGUACAUAUGGGAGCAAGCUGGAAGAACAGUGCUUGCAGGAACGCACCAAUGUCCUCAAUCCAGUAACAAAAGGUACACCUUUGUUCACAGAGGACGAUCAAGGCUCCUUCCCUUGGUACUCGUGGCUUCCAUUCGAGAUACCGACGAGAUAUGUGUCAUGA